AUGCCUCUCUCCAAAUUUGAUGGGCUCAAACUUCCUGCCUCUGCGGAUUUCCACGUACAUUUGCGAGAUGGUGACAUGAUGGAGCUCGUGGUCCCCACGAUCAGGCAGGGGGGCGUCAACACCGUCUACGUUAUGCCCAAUCUCGUUCCUCCAAUAACCACCGUCUCGCAAGCGCUCUCCUACAAAAAACGUCUUCAAGCUCUCGAACCCCGCGUCACUUUCCUUAUGUCCCUUUACCUCCACCCCUCCAUCACCCCCAAAACAAUAAUCGAAGCUAAGCAGAGCGGCAUCACGGGUGUAAAAUCUUAUCCAGCAGGCGUAACCACAAACUCUGACGCAGGCGUCAUUGACUAUGCAGCCUUCUACCCGGUCUUCGCUGAGAUGGAGCGACAAGGCCUGAUUUUAAACUUACACGGCGAAUGCCCCUCACACGGAGAUAUUACAGUAAUGUCCGCGGAAGAGCGCUUCCUACCCACACUCCUAGAUCUACACUCCCGCUUCCCGCGCCUCCGUAUUAUUGUGGAGCACCUCAGCACCGCUGCAGCAGUGGAGACGGUGAAAACAUGCGGCCCGACAGUCGUGGGAACGAUCACGGCACAUCACCUGUCGUUAAUCGUAGAUAAUGCAUUCGGCGACCCAUUCUCCUUCUGCAAGCCCGUGGCGAAAUUGGUGACGGACAGAGAUGCACUAUUACGGGCGGCGACGUCGGGAAGCACGAAGUUCUUUUUUGGGUCGGAUAGCGCGCCACAUUCGUCUGUGGCGAAGAGGGGCGGGGAUAAGAUUGCUGCUGGCGUUUUUACGCAACCAUAUGCGACACAGUAUGUUCUCGACGCGUUUGAGAAGGGGUGCGAGAGCGGUGUGUUGAAGGAGGAGGACAUCACGAAGGCAGUUUUGGAGAGCUUUUUGGGCCGCUCUGGAAGGGAGUUUUAUGGUAUUGAGCAAGAGGAGAAGGAAUUUAUUACGCUGAAACGGAGGAAGGGGAGGAUUUUGGAUGUGUUGAAGUCGGACAAGACGGAUGUGGUGCCAUUUAGAAAAGGGGAGGAGACGUGGGCGUUGUCAUGGGAGUAA